AACCCUUGUUCGAGCUCGUCAUCCUAUUAAUGUCUGAGCUUUCUAGAUUCGAUGAGAAAAUUCAAUUUGGAAGUAAUGAGCUGUAAAGCUGUUCGAAACAGGCAUCCCAACAAGGAUUCAUUUUAAAAGGUUGUUUUUGUAGCACAAAAAAAGUAGGUUUAUCUUAAAAUAUGGAAAGGAAUUAUGUUCUUUUGGUGGCCAUUUUUCUGCUGCUAAUUGUUGUGGGUUGCUCUGGUAAUGAUUCGAAGGGAAAUGGUGAUGUAAAGACUGGUUUAGAUCUAAAUGCUGAUGGCAAGGACGAUCCAGUUAUAGAACUAGUUGGCUCUGAAUCUGUUCCGGAUUCGAUUAAAGAUAAUGGUAGAGAUCAAACUGAUGGAUCAGAGAGGGGUGUUGUUAAUGAUGCUAGUAAGAGCGAUUUGAACCAGCAUUCGGGUUCAAAUGGAGGCAAGAACUUGGUGAAGGAUGGGAAAGAAUCGAGUGGUGAAGAAAAAGGAAAUAUGAACAAUGGGAAGGAUAACGGAGGAGAUCAAAUUGAUGGAUCAAAAGAGGGUGCUGGUAAUGAUGCUAGUAAGAGUGAUUUGAACCAGCAAUCGGGUUCUAAAGAAGGCAAGAAUUUGGUAAAGGAUGGGAAAGAACUGACUGAUGAAGCAAACGGAAAUACGAAUAGUGGGAAAGAUCACGGAGGAGAUCAAAUUGAUGGAUCAAAAGGGGGUUCUUAUAAUGAUGCAAGUAAGAGUGAUUUACACCAGCAAUCGGGCUCAAAUGAAGGCAAGAAUUUGGUAAAGGAUAGGAAAGAAUCGAGUGGUGAAGCAAAAGGAAAUACGAAUAGUGGGAAAGACCAUGGAGGAGAUCAAAUUGAUGGAUCAAAAGGGGGUUCUGAUAAUGAUGCAAGUAAGAGUGAUUUGCACCAGCAAUCGGGCUCGAAUGAAGGCAAGAAUUUGGUAAAGGAUGGGAAAGAAUCGAGAGGUGAAGCAAAAGGAAAUACAAAUUGUGGGAAAGACCAUGAAAGAGAUCAAAUUGAUGGAUCAAAAGGGGGUGCUGAUAAUGAUGCAAGUAAGAGCGAUUUGAACCAGCAAUCAGGCUUGAAUGAAGGCAAGACUUCAGUGAAAGAUGGGAAAGAAUCAACAAAUCGUGAGCAAGAUAAGGGAGGAGAGCAUAUUGACAAAUCAGAUAAGGGUCCAAAGAAAGUGAGCAAAGAGGAAGAGAUUAUACAGGGCUCGGUCCAACCACCACCUCCAUUACCAAGGAACGAUGGCUUUCAAGUUGCAGAGUGUGAUUCAUCUAAUAUGUGUAUGAAUAUGAACAAAAGUUUUGCCGCCUGUUUGCGAGUUGCAGGAAAUGAUUCUCCCAAUCUGUUACUUCUGAUUCAGAACAAGGGAAAGGGGCCUCUUACCCUUAAAAUAUCCGCUCCACCUUCUGUUCAGUUAGAGGAAACGGAUGUUGAACUCGAAGAGAAUCAAGAUAAAAAGGUAAAGAUUUCCAUAAAAGAUUCCGGAACCGGAAAUUUGAUUGUCUUAAAGGAUGGUACCAGCGAUUGCAGUCUUGAUUUCAAGGAUUUGAUUCCUCAAAACUCGGCCAAGUCCUAUGUAAACAUCUUGUCACUAACCCCUACAACGGCCUUUAUAUUUGCCGCUGCUAUACUGAUGUUAGUGUCAUGUUGGAUGGGGAAGAGCUUUAGAUGGAGGCAACUCGCUAGAAGUGGCUCAAAAUACCAAAGGCUAGACGCAGGGCUGCCCGUAUCUAGUAGGGCAAGGAGAGAACCAGAUGUUAACGAUGGUUGGGAUAACAGCUGGGGUGAUAAUUGGGACGACGAGGAAGCACCGGUGACACCUUCAAUGCCUAAAACUCCUAGCGUCUCCUCUAAAGGCCUUGCAUCCCGACGAUUGAAUAAGGAUGGAUGGAAGGACUAACCUCGUCUUCAUUUACUUAAGCAACCGAAACCGUCUUCUUUUACGUAAGCAACCGAAACAAGAGUACGGAAAAAAAACAAUACAUCAGUAUAGAUUCUUGUUUAAUUUAGACAGUUAAGGUAGUCUUUUUUUGUUUCCUAAAUUCUUAAUUGAAAUGGAAAUGGGAACCUGAAGA